UACCAUCUCCAAUAACCAAGUUCGAGUGUGAGCACUGAACACCGUCAGACUCUGAUAACGUGUAAAAAAGCAUACACCUUUUCUGACCAAUUCACCCAUCGUUGCCGUCCGGUUAGCACAAUAUCGAUCAAUUCACUUUUGCACGGUAGUCUUUCAAUUGUAACGACGAGGGCUGUGUUCGGCGGUUUUGUUGUUCUUCCACGAGUGAUGAUUAAUUUUAAUUUUUAAUACGCGAAUUUAAGUUCGAUAUUUCUGAAGAACUUCAAGAAGCCCGAGACAAUCCCGGACAAUUUCGGCGUAGAUUACAAAUAUAUUUUUCCAAAAAUGACUGAAACGCAAUCAAAUAUCCAAGAGUUUUUUAAAAAUAAAUCUGUCUUUGUCACCGGAGGUACCGGCUUUCUUGGUAAACUAAUCAUUAACAAAUUGAUUAGAUCAUGUCCUCAGAUCAAACAUAUAUAUCUACUUGUAAGGGACAAAAAGGGGAAAAAUGCGCAAGACAGACUAGAGGAUAUAUUUAAAAUGCCGAUAUUUAAAGACAUCGAUGAUUCAAAAUUAAAAAAAAUUAUUGCACUCAGAGGUGACUGUAGCCAAUCAGAUUUGGGACUAUCUAUCGAAGACCUGAAUACGUUAAUCAAAGAAGUAAAUGUCAUAUUUCAUAGUGCAGCCACAGUUCGGUUUGAUGAACGACUUGAUAUUGCAAUUGGAAUAAACGUAAUCGGCGCUAGAGAAAUCAUAAAACUUGCUCACAAACUUGAUAAUCUUGCGUCGUAUUUGCAUGUCUCGACGGCUUUCUCUAACUGUCAUAAUAAACGUAUUGAAGAAAAGUUUUAUAAUCUACCAUAUAGCUAUGAAAAACUCAUACAUCUAUACAAAACAAAAAGUUCAAAUAUACUCGAAAAAAUGAAACCUUUCCUAUUGGGACCCAUGCCAAACACUUACGUCAUGACGAAAGCGGCUGCCGAACAACUGAUCAAGCGCGAAGCUAAGGGUCUUCCCGUCACGAUAGUCCGUCCCGCAAUCGUGACAGCGACCGCCAACGAACCUCUGCCGGGCUGGAUUGACAAUUUGUACGGGCCAACGGGCAUCGUGACUGGCGUGAUGACGGGGAUAAUAAAAUCUCUGCCAUGCGACGUAAAUGCCGUCACGGAUCUGGUUCCGGCCGAUUUGACUGUAAAUGCGCUAAUAGCCGCGUCCUGGGACACAAACGUCAGAUAUCGCAGUACCGAGCUGAGCGAAUCGAUCGAAAAACACACGGAAGAACCCCGCAUUUACAAUUUCGUGUCGUCGCCCGAAAACCCGUUGACUUGGGGAAUAUUUUCCACGACCCUGAUGUACUACAUCUUGCACCGGCCCACGGCCAAAGCCAUGUGGUAUCCAACAUUGAUAAUGAAUUCGUCGGUGUUUUUACACAAAAUCACCGUGCUGGUAUUGCACUAUCUACCAGCGUUCCUGUUGGAUUUAGUGUUCAUUUGCACGGGAAAUAAACUCAGAUUGGUCGAUCAAUACAAGAAAAUAGGAAAAUUCACUGACAUAUUGGAGUACUUCUCUACGAGGGAAUGGAUUUUUUGUAAUAAAAACGUACAAAGUUUGUGGAACAAUUUAAACAAAGACGACAAAACGCUGUUUCCAUUUGAUAUAAAACAAAUGCAUUGGGAAGAGUACUUGGAUACAUACCACAAAGGAAUAAUGACAUUUUUGCUCAAAGAAGGACCGGACAAGUUACCGGAGGCCAGAAAACGUCUUCACGGUUUAUAUAUUUGUCAUAUGAUCUUCAAAAGUGCAGUCUACAUAGGACUAGUGAUGUUAUUAUGGGUGAUUUUAAAAAGAAUGUUUUUAGCUUAAUUGUGACUUACAUGGAUGUAUGUAUUACAUGAUUACAAGUAAGCUUGGAUUCAAUUUUAAUCACAUUAAACAUAUAGCUACCAUGAAGUACAAGAUUCCGUAAAUAUGUUUUAAAAGUUGUUAUCCUUUUUUGACAAAUCAAACAAACCAUUACCUAUUUAAUUUUGUGUACCUUAAGUUAUUGUCUUUUAUUUAUGUAUAAUAUAUUUAUAUUUUUUUUACUGUCAAUUUCAAAUCUAAAUCGAGUUAUAUUCAUAAUUUAAGGAGUUCCUGAUAAUUAAUCAACUAAGU